AUGUCUAAUCUCAUGAACAAACUUUCCGAUAAGCUUUCAGGCAACCACCACGACCAACAAGGUGACGAUUACGACGACUUCCAGAGUUCUGGUAGUCGCGGAGGCUCCAAUUAUGGCCAAACUGGUCAGCGUGGCGGAAGUGGUGGCUACGACCAAUAUGGUUCACAAGGUGGCCAGAGUGGCCGCGGAGGCCAACAAAAUUACGGGGAAAAUUACUCCGGUAGCGGGGGAGACAGCAACUUUUCUGACGAAUACGACAACCAAUUGAACGAGCGGGUGAGGAACAAGAUGGGUGACGAGUAUACAAACGACGAAUGGAGUGGCAACCGUCAUGCUCAAGGAUUCGACAGCAGCGGCGUGAAAACUAAGGACCAAAAGUGGUGA